CACCGUGUACAAAACCACUUCCACGCGUGAUUGUUCUUCUUCCCAUUUUCCUUUUUGCUACUGUAACGGCUAUUUUGGAGGUUUCUGGUUGCCAUGGAGGGUUCCGGCGAUCUGAAGAGGCAUCGCGAGGAGGAGAGCCCCGAGAUCUCUUCGCCUGAGGCUAAGCGCCUCCGCGAUGACCUCUUCUUCGAGGACAUUCUGGAUGGCGAUGACGCCGGCGCCGGCGAUCAGGACCUGGCGUCCGUGAUGAAGAGUCUGGAGGACGAAAUCGGACUACCGUCGCCUCUGCCGACGCAGACGGAGGCGGACAUGGUGACAGGCCUGCCGGAUCUGGGGUACCUCUUCGAGGCGUCCGACGACGAGCUCGGCCUCCCCCCUGCUCCACCGAUGGCCCCGAACUCGGACGAGGCGACCGUUGUGUCGACAACUGUGGUUCAGGAGGGUGAGGUGGAAGGUAACGGAGGAUUCGACCCUAUUUGGGGCUUGGACGACGAGAUCAACGGGUACUAUGGAAUGGAGGAGUUCGGUAUGCGGCUGGAGAGACCGUUGGUGGGGACAGACGACGGCGUGGUUUUUGACGUCGGUCUGUUUGAUUUCUCGGAUAUGUCCUGGCGGUCGGAGACGCUGCCGGCGAUCUGAGACAUAGCUGGACGAACAAUUUCGGAAGCAAGCUUUCUGUUUUUGUUUUCUAGGCUGUAAAGAUAGGGAACAGGAGACGAGAAAUGAACAGGAAAUGGAAUUUCCCUUCCAAUA